UUCAAGUUCAUUCAUCUAAACUUUUUACGUCCCAUCACCAAAACGCUCUCCUUUCUCCCCUUCCUUCCUUCCUUCCUUCCCCCUCUUCCAACACAAACACACAUACACACACAAUUUUAUUUUAUUUAUUUUUUUAAAAAAUAAUAUCAAAUAAAAUUAAAUCCCUUUUCCUUUUUUCAAAAAAACCAAACAAUCCCACCACAACAACAACACACACUCUACCUUUCCCGUGAAAAAAAAAAAAAAAAAAAAAAAAAAACAGAGAGAAGGUCCUUCCAAUUUUCCCAUAUCUCUUCCCCUGAUCAAAACCAAAACUCCCACUCUUUCCAUUACAAAAAAUGGAUUCAGUGUCUGAACCGGGCGGUGGUGGGGCGUCGGAGGGUGGCACGGCGGAGGGGUCAUCGGGCGGUGGUGGUGGUGGUUCAGCACCGACUGCAGCUCCACCGAGCCGGUAUGAAUCUCAAAAACGAAGGGAUUGGAACACUUUCUUACAGUAUUUGAAGAACCACAAGCCGCCACUAUGUUUAGCGCGUUGCAGUGGCGCUCACGUGAUCGAAUUCUUGAAAUAUUUGGAUCAGUUCGGAAAAACUAAGGUCCAUGCUUCGCCCUGCCCUUACUUCGGUCACCCAAAUCCACCUGCCCCCUGCCCCUGCCCGCUCAAGCAAGCUUGGGGCAGCCUCGACGCCUUGAUCGGCCGCCUCCGUGCUGCUUACGAGGAGAACGGCGGCCGCCCUGAAUCCAACCCAUUUGCCGCACGUGCCGUUCGGAUUUAUCUCCGUGAAGUUCGAGAAGCUCAGGCUAAAGCCAGAGGGAUUCCGUACGAGAAAAAGAAGCGGAAAAGACCCGCCGCCUCCGCCUCCGCCCCUCCGCCGGACCCCCAAGUUGUCUCCGAGACUAGUACAUCCACCGCCGCUGCCGGGGAUCAUCAGGCGGAAACAACCUCUGGUGGUGGUGGUGAUGAUCCCACUGGUGCUCCUCCGCCGUCUACGACCGCCGCUUCCACCACCGUAUAGUCCCUCAAUUACUUUUUUAAUUUUUUUAAAAUAAUAUUUUUCCUUCAAAUAGCAUCUCAUCUUCUCUCUUAAUUGUGAUUAUGAGUUUUAUUUAAUCACAUAAUAUUAAAACGAUUCUUAUUAAUCCGAUCGAUCUCCCAAAUUAGAUCUUCAA